AAAAGAUAGCUGAAUUCAACCAGUGUUGAACCUACACGCAAAGCUGAACUCAACCAGUGUUGAACCUACAAGGCAACGUGUUGAGGUCAGAAUAACCAAAUUCGAUCAGUGCGUUGAACCUACAUGCAAAACUAUUCAGGAGUCCGAGUGGAUGUCUUCAUGGAUAUUGUUGAUAUAUUUAAUCCCUUGAUAGCCACCGACCACUUGGAUGACAGUCUGAUUUUAGAGCCAGACUUAGAAAGUGAAGUUUGUGAUUGUGGCACAGAACCAGACAUCCUGGGAGGUUCUUUAAGAAACAUGCUGAGUGACAAAGAUCCUAUGCUAGGAUCUGCUAGUGCACAGUUCAGCCUGCCCUUUUCAGAUAAUGAAGAUGGCAACUUUCAGCUAACUUGCUCAACAGUUGCUGAACUUGAGCUCACUGAUGAGAGCGACAUAAAGGAAAGUGACCUUGAUACUAUGGAGGAAGAAGAUUCAUCAGAAUUAUCCAGCAGAAAAGCAAAGGGUAAAUGUCAAAAAUCUGCUGUGCAAUCGCCUCGCAAAUCUCCACGUUUGUUGGCCCAGGAACCAAUUCGAAAUCUACGCAACAGUACCUUAGCCAAACGACCUAGUCCAGCAAAUUUAGCUCUUGCAAAAAGGAAGGAGCAAGUAAAAUAUGUCUCAAUUGGGGCAAGUUCAGCAAAACUGCCAGAUAGACACGAAAAACAAAACCCACAAAAACCUGGAGGAAAGGGUAAACCACAGCAGCAGAAUGUGUCAGAAAAUGCACAAAGUAGUGCAGAAACUCCUUGUGAUACUGUACAGUCUGAACCUGUAGAUUCAAAGAGCUCUGAACUGAGAUCAGUGGAAAUGUGCAUCAUACGUGAAAAUACACUUGAAAUAACUUGUGGAGAUCAUAAGCGUACUGUGGUGGAAUCGGUGGAACAGAAAGUAAUUGAGUCUACAACAGAAUCGCAAUUUCCUAGAGAACCAUUAAUUGCUUUAGAGACAGAAAAUGUGCCUCCAGAUGCAAUAGCGGAGGAUGCAAAUCUCCAUUGCUUAGAGGCACAAGUUGCUUCAGUCAGCAAAAACCCAAUUGAGCGUGCUUUGGAAUCACAGUAUUCAGCUGAAUUGUUAACUGAAACUGCUCAGGAGUCUACAGUUGAGAACGUUGGUGCACAAAAAAUUGUGGAUUGUGCUACUUGUGGAGAUGACCCAGCAGCAGUCAUAGACCACGAUACAGUUAAGUCUGCGCUGGAAUCGCAGCAUUCUGCAGAAUCAUUAAUUGGUGCAGAUACAGAUGGAAUGCCUGAAGAUACCAUAACAGUCGAUGUUAAUCUUCAGAAAAAUAUAUGUGAACUUCCUCAUGGGAAUACCAAUGCAGUUGCAGAUGAAUUAAAGAAGGUUGUAGCACAAGAACAGAAUGUACAACUGAAUGAAAGGACGACUAUGGAUAGAAUUAUUAUUAAUGAACAGAAAGAGGAGCCAAUUGAGUUAGACCCUGGUGUACUAAGCAUUGAAACUACACCAUCUAUAAACAACCUACCAAAACUAGAAGAAAAUCCACAAAGGCCAGUUGAUGAAGAAUUUCAGAUAUCCUCUGAAUUAAACGAUUCUGUAGAUUAUGUAGAAGCAAAAGAAGACCUUGACAUGCAGUCAAAUAAAGGAACCACACAUAACAAUGCUAGCAAUCUUAUAAAAGAGAACAUUUCAAAUUCUUUGGAACUAAUUAAAGACUCUGGGAAUAAUAAGGCAGUUCAGCUUGAGGCUGGGGUUACUCUUUCACCAAAACCUGAAAGUGUGACACAAGAGGGCAAACUUGAAGUAGAAAGACCUGUUUCUCCAAAAGUAGUUGCCAAAGAUGUCAAUGAAUCAGAAAAAGCUGAUGGCUCUAGUGAUCAUCUGGUAUGUAAGAAGCAAGAUAAUAUAAAUGAACAAGUUAAUUCAACUGAACAACAGCUGGGACCCAGUAACAAAGAAAUGCAGGACCUUUCUGAACAUAAAGACCAUGAGCAAGUUGCCCUUGAAAAGCAGGUUGAUGCUGUGGAGUCCAAGAGCCAGGCUUCAAAACACGAGAAGUUAGCAUUGAAACCUCAGCAUAAACUUGCACAAGAUCCAAAACCGGAGCAGAUUGAAAAUUUCCUUCACUCAAAUAGGAAAAAAGCUAAAUUGGAUGUUCAGCCCUCUGAAUUACUUAAGCAAUCUAAGUCACAUAUUUCAUCAUUAACCAGUAAACGGAAGGCAGUAGACCAAGAUGAACAUCAUCCCCACAAGACUGUUAAGUGCUUGAAAACACAGGUUGGGCAGGAUGCCAAAUUAAAAAUUGACCAAGCACAAAAGCAACAUUUUAACAAGGUGUCUCUUGUUUCCCAGGUAGCAAAAAUGCAGACAACGAACAAGAUAGUUUCGAUGACUCCUGCAGGGCAUAAGUCAAAGAAAACAAUUCAGACAUCUAAGUAUAAUACUAAUUCUACUCCAAAACUGACUGAGUUACCAGCAAAACAGGUGACUCGCUAUGGCCACAAACCUGCCCCUUCAACAGGUAAAAUAGUUUCCCAACAGGUAGACAAUAUCAAAGAAAAAGACAAAGGAAAGAUUAUGGAGCAUUCUAAUGAAGAUGAUAAAGAUAAAUUGAAAGCCAGAAAAAACGAGAAAGGUAUUCUUCCACGACAGAGGAGAAGCAGCAAAAGCCUCUCUUUGGAUGAACCACCAUUAUUUAUCCCGGAUAACUUACCUGUGGUAAAAAAGGAGGAAACUGACAUGGAUCAUUCUGCCCCUGUUGCCGCUUCAGAUUUGUGGGAUCCCAAAAGACUAUGUGGUUUUUGUAAGAAACCGCAUAACAGCAGGUUUAUGGUAGGGUGUGGAAGAUGUGAUGAUUGGUUUCACGGAGAGUGUGUCGGACUGACACUCAGCCAAGCCCAACAACUGGAGAAAGAGGACAAAGAAUAUAUUUGUUUGAAAUGUUGUGCUGUGGAAGACAAAAAGGCUCCAUCAGUUAAUCAUAGUCACACAAUAAAACAUCAGUGUGUGCAAAAUGACAUGGAAAAAGCAAAGCCUGAAUUAUUCCAUGAACACACAAUCCAUUUAAAAAGUGAAAAGGUGAUCUGUUCAGAAGAACUAAAUACUACAACUAAUGCUGCUGGGGUAAAAUCAAAAACAGAAAUAAUAGAAAAGACUGAGCAAUUCCCAAGUAAGAAACACAAGGUCAAAAUGUUAAGAAAGGUCUCUGGUAUGAGAACUGGUUCUACUGACUCUAAGGAUUUGGAGACCAAGGAUACAAAAAAAACACAUUUAGGAAAUGACCGUCUUGCAGGACAAAUAACAGGAGCAUCACAGGCACCUGAACACAAGAAAGGCAAACCGCUGAAAGACCUUGCAGUCACCCGGCUUGGUCAAGGAGAAAAACUUCCAAAACUAGACUUAAAGGACAAACAAGCUGUGAAGAAGAAAGUAGAGAAAGGAGGAUCAAAUAGCACACCACCUCCAACUAGCCCUUCUGCACCUCAGCCUACUGUUGAGCAAAUUAGACAGAAUGUCCGGCAUUCUCUGAUGGACAUUUUAGCAAAAAGGCUCUCGGAAUCGGAUCUGAAAGUGCCAGAGGAGCGAGCGACAAAGGUUGCAGCCAGAAUUGAAAGAAAGCUAUUUUCUUUUUAUGGGGACACAGAUACUAAGUACAAAAGCAAAUACAGAAGCUUGAUGUUUAACCUCAAAGAUCCAAAAAAUCAAGUCUUGUUUAAACGAGUGUUAAAAGGUGACAUAAUACCUGAUCAUUUGAUUCGCAUGAGUCCAGAGGAGUUGGCAUCCAAGGAAUUAGCUGCAUGGAGACAAAGAGAGAAUAGACAUAUGAUUGAAAUGAUAGAAAAGGAACAAAGGGAGGUUGAAAGGCGGCCAAUUACAAAAAUAACGCACAAAGGCGAAAUAGAAAUUGAGAGUGAGACACCAAUGAAAGAAUCUGAGGUGGUAGUUACAGAGGAGGCUGAUCUAAAAACUGUGGAGUCAAAGCCUGUAGUGGAGAAGCUGGAAGAGACUGAAGAAGAAACCGCAACAGAUAGUACAGACGACACUACCUGUCAGCACAAAAAACACCUCUUUGACUUGAAUUGUAAAAUUUGCACAGGUCGAAUGGCACCACCCGCUGAAGAACUGCCUCUGCCAAAAGCCAAAGUGGCAACAAGUGUGCUGAGACGCCAAUCAGAUGUUGAUGCUGAAAUGGCCUUUUUGGCAGAUGCUCUUUCCUCUGCUUCCAGCAUUUUGUCCUUUGAUGCAACAAUGGGAGAGAGACCUGAAUCACCACAGCCAACAACCUCUUCUGUGACAAGGUCAGAUACGUAUGAUAUUGCAGAAGAUGAAUCAAGGUUCCUGGCUCGACUGGAUUCUCUCUGGAAGGGAUUUAUCAACAUGCCUAGUGUGGCAAAGUUUGUUACCAAAGCCUAUCCAGUCUCUGGCUCAGCAGAUCAUCUAACAGAGGAUUUGCCAGAUACUAUUCAAGUAGGAGGUAGGAUUCCUCCUCAGAUGGUUUGGGAUUAUGUGGACAAGAUAAAAGCUUCAGGAACUAAGGAGAUAUGUGUGAUUCGUUUCUGUCCAGUAACUGAGGAAGACCAGAUAACAUACACCUCACUGUAUGCAUACUUCAACAGCAGACAGCGUUAUGGGGUAGUAGCCAACAAUGUGAAGCAAGUUAAGGACAUGUAUCUUAUUCCAUUGGGUGCCUUGGAAAAAAUUCCUUACCGACUGUUACCAUUUGAUGGUCCUGGACUCGAAGUAGUUCGCCAGAAUCUUCUGCUUGGGUUAAUAAUUCGACAAAGAAUAAAGAGAUUAUUUAGUGCUUCACCUUCUGAAGAAGUAUCUGAAACAGAAAAACUGCCUAUUAGUUUGCCUCAAGAAAAGAAAAGCAAACCAGAGUAUGUGGAAGAUGAAGGUGAAAAUGAUGAUGAUGAUGAAGAAAACCAAUUCUUUAAUUCCUUCACUUCUGUGUUGCCUAAAUUUAGAAGCAAACCCAAACAGUCAUCACCAGUUGAACCUCAGAUUUUGAAAACACCACCUUCGUCACCAGCUGAACCUAUUCCUAUCCUAUCUACAAAACCAUUAAGAUUUCUCCCUGGAGUUUUGGUGGGUUGGGAAAACCAAUCCACAGCUCUUGAAUUAUCCAACAGACCACUGGAUGAUAUUCUUCAAAGUCUGUUGGGAGAUGCAGAUAGAGAAGCUGAACAGAAGUCUAUCUCCAGCAUCGGACCUGAGUUAGGAGAGCCUGUAGUCAGUAAAGAUUCAAAGAUGUCACAUCCUGAAGAAAUAAGUGAAAAUCAAGAAAAUGCUAAAGAUAUUUUGCAUGAUCCUCCAGAGGAAAAUGAGAAAGCUGAUAAUAUCUUGGAGGAUGUCAAGGUUGCAGAAACUUCAAAGGCAAGUGGGUACCUUGCAACUCUCACGCUAAAAGACAAGCCUCCAGAUGUUUCAACAGAAGCAUUUCUUUCAAGUCUUGCAGCUAUAAAAUCACAACCAAAUCACAAAGAAGAACAUGAGAAACUUCGGCAUCACUAUAAGGUAAAGAAGGUGAAAAUGGAAAGCUCAAAAGAACAAAAAGAAGCUUCUGGUAGUUCACCAUCUCAGCCUGUGACCCCCAAGAUUGAGCUAUCUUUACUCGAGCCUACUACAAAUGCUGAAGAAGUUGAUUCUACACAAGAAGCUCUUACAAGAGUCUCUCAGGUUGUCAAUGUAAGCAGAGACCCGAGACAAGCGGCCGUUCGAAAACAGCAAGGUAUUAUUACAAUCAGCCAGCCUGUGGAGGAAAGUGCAGAUGAACAAUACUUGGAUAACAGAAAAGAUAAAAGUGAAGAUGAAAGCUUAAACAUAAAGGAUGCAGAAGAAGCUGUUAAGAACCCCUUAGAAACUGAACAACGGGAAAUAACUACUAAGCAACUUCCGAAAGACCCAGUUAAUAUUCAAAGUCAGCAAUCCAGUAAACAGGUGCAAGGAUCAACACCUUGUAUUACAGAGGUUUCUCAAUCAGUCUUUCACAAUAUCUCAAAUACAGUACCAGAAGCAGAACCUGCAGGUUCUUUACAUAAAGGAGAAGCUCAUUCUGAUACAGAAAUGGUAGAAACACACACUAUUGAGACUGUACAGUCAUACCGAAGAGAAACUACUCCAUUACCUUCUUUCCAUGGCCCACGCGCUAGUUCGCAUUUUGAAUUCUCUUCAAAUGCUGUGCCUACCCAGAAUCAAACUCAAGUGUCAGCAGUGUCCACAUCAUUGCCAAGUGGCCCUUCAGGUAGCCCAGUACCAAGUGGAAACAUCUUCCCCCCACCAUUACCGCAGCUUCACAACUUUUCCCAAGUUCAAGGUCACUCUUCUAGUUUUCCAUUUCAACGAGGUCUGCCUAAUGCAAAUUUUCAACCACCAGGUAAUUUAAUGCCUUCAUUCAUGCCAGUCCGGCCCCCACCACUUCCUCCACCACCAUUUAGCCUUCAAAGUGAUCCUCAUUUGAGGUUUCAUUCCCCAGAUCUUGGUGCAGCACAUGCCUUAGGCCCAAACCACAUGAUGCCUUGGCUACCGCCAAUUCCCUGUCCACCGCAACACCACUUGGGUCUUAUACAUCUUGCACAUGGUCAAGCAAUGCCACCUUUCACCUCCGACCACCCAAUUGAUGUCAAUAGAUAUGCACUAAAUGCAGGAACAUCAAAUUUUCAACCUCUCAAAGAUGACCAUAGACAAGAAAGGCAUCAUUGCGAUCUUUGGGAUAGAUAUAGCCAACGCUCAGAUCGUAAUUUUGGCAAGGAGCAUGGCAGUCAUCAUAGACAUAGGUUUUAUAGUGAUUCUUAUCAUCGAAGAAAAGAUAGACACAAAGAAAGAGAGAGGGACAAAUACUGGGACCGAGAUUCAGAACGAGACAGGGACAAAUAUAAAGACAGAGACCGCGAUAAAGGGAGAGACAGAGAAAGGAGAAGUCGCCAUGAGGACAGGCAUAGAGAUAAAGAUCGGGACCGAUAUCGGGAAAGGAGCCAUGAUGAUGCAGACUCGAGAAGAGAUCGAAGCAAAGAAAGAGAAAGGAGCCAUGAUGGUGCAGACUCAAGAAGAGUGCGUAGCAAAGAAAGAGAAAGGAGCCAUGAUGGCGCAGAUUCGAGAAGAGAUCGAAGCAAAGAAAGAGAAAGGAGCCAUGAUGGUGCAGACUCGAGAAAAGUACGUAGCAAAGAAAGAGAAAGGAGCCAUGAUGGUGCAGAUUCGAGAAGAGAUCGAAGCAAAGAAAGAGAAAGGAGCCAUGAUGGUGCAGACUCGAGAAGAGUGCGUAGCAAAGAAAGAGAAAAGAGCCAUGAUGGUGCAGCCUCGAGAAGGGAACGAAGUAAAGAAAGAGAAAGGAGCCAUGAUGGUGCGAUCUCGAGAAGGGAACGAAGUAAAGAAAGAGAAAGGAGCCAUGAUGGUGCCAUCUCGAGAAGGGAACGAAGUAAAGAAAGAGAAAAGAGCCAUGAUGGUGCAGUCUCGAGAAGGGAACGAAGUAAAGAAAGAGAAAAGAGCCAUGACGGUGCAGUCUCGAGAAGGGAACGAAGUAAAGAAAGAGAAAGGAGCCAUGAUGGUGUGGACUCGAAAAGAGAGCGAAGCAAAGAAAGAGAAAGGAGCCAUGAUGGUGCGGUCUCUAGAAGAGAGCGAAGCAAAGAAAGAGAAAGGAGCCAUGAUGGUGCAGACUCGAGAAGGGAACGAAGCAAAGAAAGAGAAAAGAGUAAACCUGAAAAUGAAGAUCAUGAUAGUGACAGAGAUAGAGGAAGGGGAAGAAGUAAGGACAAACAUAGAGAGAAGGUCCAGGAAAGAGAAAAAGAUGCAGACUGGGAAAAACACCACAGGGAUAAAGACCAUGAUAAAAGGGACCACAGUGACAGAAGCAAAAGCAAGAGGAGAAAGAGUUCUCCAGAGUCUACUACUGACUGACUUGUCAGUACAGAACCAAAAAUGCUAAUCUGUGAACUUUGUCCUGAUAAUUUGAAGCAGAAAUAAAUGGUAUAUCUGUACUCGUCAACUAGGAUGCCAGUUCAUGUUGCAAUGUUAUGACAUGAUUUCACUUGUGUGUUUUCUUGUACAACAUACAGUAUUUACAACCAUGUCUUGCUGCUCUUAAAUACUAAUUAACAAUACAAGAAGCUGGUAGAAUAACUUUUUAAGUAGUUUUAUUACUUCUGAUUAUUAGCCAAACAGAUAGUUCUAGCAUGAGCUACUAUAUAUGUCAAAAUUAAAAAAAGUUUAAAAACCACAGCUCUUGCUGUUUCUGUUGUAUGGAUUCUUUCCGAAAAUAAUGCACGCAUUGUAGGCAAUUUGCAGUGGCACACACUUAUGAAUAAUUAUACAAAGAUAUCAUGUUCUUAUUCAAACCAGUUGUGGUUGUACAUUUCUGAAGUUUUAUGUUGUACUAUUUCAAUCUAUUAAUUCCAGUUGCAAGAGUUGGCUGUUAACUAUUGCACUGUUUUGAUGCUUAAACAGGCAAUCACUACAAUGUAAGUGUUGUAUUAAAGUUUUAGAUAAAGAGUGCAUUGAGAAUAAAACUAUACAUCCAACUAUAUUUUGUAAAAUUGUCACCUUGUUACUUGGCUAUUAUCUUUGUUGCUUCAACAUUGUAGAUUAUUGCUUGUAUACUACCUUUUUUCUGUUAUUAUUCAUCAAUCUUUUUACUGAUGAAUCUAUGUAAAUAUUUUAAAUGAUGUUUUCAUUGUAAAUGAUUAUAAAAAUGGAUUUUCUUCA